AUGACGCGUAGCCUUUAUAUCCCUCUCGAGAUCGUCCUUCAGAUCCUUGAAACGUCUGUCCCGCCCGGCGAACCCAAUCGGAUUAUUGACGUUGCAACCCCAGAAAUUCAACAGUUGGUCACCUGGACCAGGACUUUGGAAGCGGGCAGCCGUACAUCUCUAUGCAAAACCAUCCCACUUUCUGCAGUCUCGUCCAUCUAUCUGGGACUCAAUCUCGAGGAGAUCCAGUCGAUACGUACCGGUGCACUGGUUCGGGAUGUAUUUCUGGAACUCGGUGGCUCAGUCCGCCGACUGAUCAUUGACUUGCCGUUUCGCAGAAUCGCUAUGCAACACAGCAUUGACGCGCAUAUCGAUCAAGUCUUCUCUCGGGGAUUACAAGCGUUGACCAACCUUGAAGAAUAUAUUACCUUGGGCGGCUUGCCUUCAUUGGAGUUCUGGAGGAGUGAGCUCAACGUCAGCCAAAUUUGGCCCAAACUACGAAAAGUCGCUGGUUUCAGCAUCAACUUGAGUGACGAGGGACUUUGGUACAACGUUGCCAGACAUCGAAACAUUGAGCAUCUGGUGAUCACAAGACCUUAUUUACUUCGCCUUCAGAAAUGGAAUAUCAAGCAAUCUAUCGGUGGCGAACUUUGGAACUCGGAGUUUGGAGGUGACUCGACCUAUGCUCGGCCUUUGAAGAUCGUCAUUGUCAACCAUGAGUUUAGCUCGCCCAUCAUCGAUACGGAAGAUGGAAACAUUCACGACCCCGAUGGCCUUCUUGAUGUGUCGCCCGUUGAGAUACCGAUGCAUGCGAAACGGGUGGAUUAUGUCUGCCGUGAGUGGUUGAUCAAGGCUGCGAAAGAGGAUACGCUUUGGAGGUAUUGA